AUGACAGCAGGAGCCGUGUCAGCGCCGCUCAUCAUUCCCAUCACGCACCUGCACACGCACAGAGCCAAGAACCACGUGGACACACAAACACCUGUUUCCAUACAUUCAGAGACCCCCUCCUCUCAGAUCUUCUUCUCUCUGGAUGGCUCGAAGCCGGAACCGGAGCAUCGGGGUCGCAGCAGGAAGUACAGUGGGCCGCUCCUGUUGCAUGCUGGGAAAGUGACGGUCAGAGCAGUGGCUGUCUCCAGAGACGGCAGGCGCAGCUCCAUGGUGACGAAGGUUUUCAUCGUUGAUCUGGCCGAUCCCAACAGGAAGCAGAGUGACCAAGCCCUGCAGCGUCCGUCUGAAGGAGCCUCUGCUGCCGCUCCACCGAGGCCCCCAGACCCGAGGAUGAUGGGGAACUCUCCUCUCGCAGGUCCUCCGUUUGUGAUUGGUCGGCUGGGCUCUCCGAACAGACAGCAGCAGACUGGAGCACGCCCCCCCUCGGCGAGUUCAGGUGUCUUAAGCAGCACACAGACGUCCAGAUUCCAGAGAGAGAGCGACUUCCUGCGGUGUGCUCAGUGUCUCACUCUCCGUCCCUCCGACCCGUUUUCUCGGUUAUGUGCUCAGUGUGGAGCCGCACUUCCUGGUUUACCUGCUCAGAGACCGCCCCCUGCUGAAGGAGGACAGAUGGUGUCCUGUGUGUCCUGUGGUUCUCUGGUUCCUGCGAACACUCAGAGCUGUUUGAUCUGUGAAACCUCCGUCGCCUCACAGCAGCUUCAGGCCAGCCUCAAACUGCAGGAUCAUGUGAUGUGUGUGAGCUGUGGUUGUGGGAAUCCAACUCAUGUCUCCAGGUGUCUGAGCUGUGAGAGCCGCCUGCAGCCGGCGGUGAGCGGGAGCGCCCCCCCUGGCCGGAGGUUGAGCUGCUCCCGGUGUAAAAGGUUAAACCGCUCUGACGCCAGAUUCUGCGACUGGUGCGGCUCCAAGCCCGGUUAUGCAGUCAGCUGUGUGUCGUGUUGGCGCUGUGGAGCGAGUGCACCCCCGUACGCCUCCUACUGCCCCGCCUGCAGUGCCUUCCUGCAGGCCCCACCUGCCACAAAAUCCUGCAGUGACAUCAAACCACCUGUUGGGGGUGGAGAGGCCAAACGGGCUUCAGCAACCUGGAAGACCACGCCCUCAAAAGGCCCCGCCUCCAGUGCAAAGAAGGCCCCGCCCACUGCUGAGUGCUCCACUCAGACUGUUGGACUCUAUUACCCAUCAGCCACCGAGCUGCAGAGGAAGGAGCAACAGAGAGAGAAACACAGCAGAGCAAAUGCCGAGAGAAACCCGCCGCCGAGCGCCGUCAGCCCGGGGAGAGGUUUCUGGAGGCAGCAGGUGGACCAUGUGUGUUCUCACCUGAGGAGCUAUGCUCAGAACAACGCCUCCUUCAGGACGCUGCUGGGAGAACCUCGCCUAGGCCGGUUGGUCUCGGCGGUGAUUCAGGAGGAUCAACAUGAGGUCACUGUGAGCGUCAGCUUCGUGGCGGCCGGACAGGACCCCCCCCCUCUGCAGGUGGAUCCUGCAGGAGACGCUGUUGGAGCUGCAGACUCUCUGAGCAGUGUCACGGAAACAUCUGUCCUCAGAGGAAGUGUCCGGUCUGCAGGUCGGAUGAAACCUCUGAAACUGAACCCGACUCCCAAACCUCCGGUGAUGGACGUGCGGGCUGCUGAAGGAGCUGGGUCCGAGGGGGAUCAGGUCAGCGCCGUGCAACAGCUCCUGGACCAGCUGCAAGGCCAGCGUCCGGCGCAGGAACUCCGGCGGUCAGACGGCGUACGAUGUGGUGGUGAAGUCUGGCUGCAGAGAGGCGGUGUCCCUGCUCACUGCUCAGACCGGACAGCAGCUGCUGAGACAACUGACUGAACCCGGACGCCUCCUGAACCACAGACUGAACCCGGACGCCUCCUGAACCACAGACUGAACCCGCCUCCUGAACCACAGACUGAUCCCGGACGCCUCCUGAACCACAGACUGAACCCGGACGCCUCCUGAACCACAGACUGAACCCGGACGCCUCCUGAACCCCCGGACGCCUCCUGAACCACAGACUGAUCCCGGACGCCUCCUGAACCACAGACUAAACCCGGACGCCUCCUGAACCACAGACUGAACCCGGACGCCUCCUGAACCCCCGGACGCCUCCUGAACCACAGACUGAACCCGGACGCCUCCUGAACCACAGACUGAACCCGCCUCCUGAACCACAGACUGAACCCGGACGCCUCCUGAACCACAGACUAAACCCGGACGCCUCCUGAACCCCCGGACGCCUCCUGAACCACAGACUGAACCCGGACGCCUCCUGAACCCCCGGACGCCUCCUGAACCACAGACUGAUCCCGGACGCCUCCUGAACCACAGACUGAACCCGCCUCCUGAACCACAGACUGAACCCGGACGCCUCCUGAACCACAGACUGAACCCGGACGCCUCCUGAACCACAGACUGGACCUGAGUCGGGAUGUUGACUCACUGCAAGAUAGAUGUUUUAGUAGUUCUCUGGUUCUCCGGCUGUUUUUAGUUUGAGAUUACUCUCAUAAUGCAGACUUUGAGAUUGUUUCUAUCAGCUAAAUGUCAGAAAGUGUUUUUCAACGUUUCGUUUAACCGGUUUUAAAGCAGCUCUUGGCCCUCUGCCUCCUCCCAGAGGUAGAUAUGAGAUGUUAGUGAAAUAAAGGUUAUGUUUUACAGA